AUGGGCAGCAGCGGGGCCGACCAUGGCCGUGGGGAAGGCAGAGAUGCGAGGAAGCGCCGUCGACUGGAGCGGGAUCUGGACUCGCCGGGGUCGGAGGUGUGUCUGCUCUGAGUUUCUCCCCUGUUCUUGCUCGGUUUAGGGCUAGGGUUCUGGUGGUGAACCUGCGGGGUUGGGGCUAUUGAUUGCGCCGGCCAUGGAUUCCGGGACUUUCAAGAUUCUCCAGCACGAGCAACAGCGGAGCCUGGAUCCUCUAUCUCCUCAAUCUCCAGGAAGUCUGGCAGUAAGUCUUUUUCUGGCUUUGUCUAGGCGGUACGGGACGAUGGCGCUGCCGCUGCGACACGGCCUGCAUCACCGCCGUGGAGGGAGGACGACAGGGAUGGGCACUAUGUGUUCGAACUCGGAGAGGAUUUUACUCCACGAUGUGAGUCAACUUCUUGUUUGAUACCCUCGUGCUGUUUCUUGCUAGUGACCACAGUCAUAGAGAUGAAAACCUACUUUUCCUUUUUUCUUUUUUGUUUCUCCUCCCAUCGACCUGAUUGGUGAUUGCUAACAUCUACAAUUCUCUUCUCUUCACAUGGUGGUGAGAAAAAAUCUCUUAUUCACUAACUAUCAUCACUCUUGCUUUGGGUCAUCGGUUCCGGCAUUAUUUCCCCGAAUUCUUUAUCGAAGCAUCUUUCAUCAGCGCCUUCCUGUUUAUUCUUGCGCUCUGUUCACUAUUUGGAACAGUCAUUUCGUUCAAAGGUAAAUGGAAUAGGGCUGGGCAUCAGAUGUCUCAUCAGGGAACAUCCUCAACUGUAGAAAGAACAGUGUCGGCAUAGCUAUGCUUGUGCAUUCUACAUGAAAUUGUUCCAAAUGUCCUAUACACAUCCCAGUACAUAAAGAGAAAUGUGCACGAAAUAUAAUAGCUGAUUUUUCACACAUUGCCUGAAUAUUCUUGCUUAGAAAAAAAAAAAAAAUCCUUUUCGCCUGUGCCUCUGUGUUCCAACUGAAACUCUGGAUAAUUAGUCUUCUUUCUAGAUUUUCUUUAUGACAGACUCAAGAUUAUGAAGUUUAUGCUUAUAUAUGAUUUUAUCGUCUUCAAUGUAUGGAGGCAGUUGAUCACAGCAGUGCAUGAAGACAACGAGAGAAACAUCUCGAAUAAUUGUGUUCUCAGCAUUUUUUCACCAUCCUAUUUAAGAGACGAUUGACGUUGUUUUAAACGCAGAAAAACAUGAACAAUUUGAAGUUAAAAAAGAUAUUUUCACAUCAAAAUAAUUUUAUUGAUAACUGGAGAUCCCGUUGGUUUAUCCAAAAAUUGCUAAUUUCUUAACAAUUGAACUGUGCAGAUAAAAUACUUAGCAAGAUGGGGGAAGGUGUUUGCUGUUUUUUGCUUGGUCAUCAUGUUCUUGAAUUUGGCUUGGAAUUCGUCAGCAAGCAUUUCAACUGCAGGAACUUUUGGACGUGUUUUGGAAUGUUGGGAUCGUGAGAAACGUGAGCAUGUUGCGAUUAAGGUAGUCCGCAGCAUAAAUAAAUACCGGCGUGCUGCAAUGAUUGAAAUUGAUGUCCUCAAUAUUCUCGCCAGAAGUGACAAGGGGAGAUCACGGUAUGCCCACAUCGAGUUCCUUGUUCAGGCGGAAAUUUAAUACUCCUCGAGUGGCAUACUUCUCUAAAAACAUGUUUUGAUUGUGCCAGAUGUGUACAAAUUCUGAGAUGGUUCGACUACCACAAUCACAUCUGCAUUGUGAGCGAUUUUUGCAGAAAUAAUUCUUGUGUUCCUUUUGAUCUCGUAUUUAUUUCUCGUAAAUGCGUUGCCCUGUAAUUUCAGAGGAAAACUCCGUUCUAGUUAAGCCUAUUUACCUCUUGAUAUUGUCGUCUUGUAUAAUAAUUUAUUUAGGAGCUUACGAUUUUAUUGCGAAUAAAAGCAGGGAUUCUAUGCUCAUUCAUGCAAAUGACAUUGGAUGAACUCAUUUGUUUUUUUCCUAUGUACUCACGGUGUCUUUUCCAGAGCAUGGGCUAAUUAUCCAACAUUUUUUUAUUUUUUCCAAUGAACUUUGAUGGUGUCACCAGGUGUUUGAGAAGCUCGGAUCCAGCUUAUUCGAUUUCUUGAAGAGAAAUAGAUAUCAUCCAUUUCCUGUGGACCUAGUUCGAGAAUUCGGGCGCCAGCUUUUGGAAUCCGUUGCAUGUGUGUGGAUUAGUCUCCCUCCUUGCACCUGCUCUUGUUGAUAUAUUAUCUGAUCAAGCCGAUCAUUUCCUUGACCUGGGCUUUAUUUAUUUAGCUUAUCUUGUCUUUGGCUGAUGUAGAUAUGCAUGAUUUACACCUGAUUCACACCGAUCUGAAGCCGGAAAAUAUCCUCCUCGUUUCCUCGGAAUACGUAAAGGUUCCAAGCUACAAGGUAUUCCAUUCCACCUGUUCGUUCGUGAUUCCAUUUUUCAUUGGGUUCUUGGAAUUAAGUAUAGAACAAGUUAUGUGGCCUUGAAUGAAUGGAUUAAUGGGCAUGAUACAGAGAAACUCGCAGGAUGCGAUGCAUUUUAGGUACUUGCCGAAGUCGAGUGCCAUAAAGUUGAUUGAUUUCGGUAGCACUGCCUUUGAGGAUCAGGAUCGUAGCUCCAUUGUUACGACGAGGCAAUACAGAGCACCAGAGAUAAUCUUAGGUAAACUAGCCAUCCCGCAGAACAAGUGCUGCGCUUGGUUACCUCCCUUCUAGUCGAGAUGACCAGGCUAGAAAAAUGCUCCCUUCUAGUCCGGCCCUCAUUCCCAGGAGGGACACAUCUCUCCAACCCUGGAGGAACAGUAAACCAUCCAUCCGUCCAUUUUCUUCCCUCAUUUCUUUAAUUUUUUAUUUUAAUUUAAUGAAAGAUGAUGAUGAUGCAUUCAUGCCUUGGCCUUUCUCAUAUCAUCGAGGUUUCUUUUUUUUUGGGUUACUGAAGCUUUCGUGGGGGGGUUGGGGGGCUGAUCGCAGGGUUAGGCUGGGACUACCCCUGCGACCUGUGGAGCGUGGGGUGCAUCCUGGUGGAGCUGUGCUCGGUGGGAGCCGUGGUGCCUAUGCUCUCGCCGUUCAUGUGUUUACUUGUUUUCUGUCGAUCACGCACUGAAUUCGUUUUGUGGCGGUUUUCGUCUCAAGGGCGAGCAGCUCUUCCAGACUCACGAGAACCUGGAGCACCUGGCCAUGAUGGAGAGGGUCUUGGGUCCCCUUCCCAAUCACAUGAUUCAGAGAGCGAGGUCUUCCCCCUCCCCCCCAACACCCACGAACCAAAAGCCCAGGUCUUGAUUCCCUUCUCUCUCUGUGUCUCUCUCUGUCUCUCUCUGUCUUGCAGCCGCUCCGCAGUGAAGUACUUCAGGAGGGGGGCGCGGCUGAACUGGCCGGAGGGGGCGAUCUCCAGGGAGAGCAUCCGGGCCGUGAGGAAGCUCGACAGAUUGAGGGUCAGAGCCAGCCUUCCCUUGCCGAGCUUGAGCUUCUUCUUCUUCUUCCUUCUCUCACUCUGAUUUUCUCUGGGUCAUCUCAGGAUCUGGUUUUCCAGUACGUGGGCCACUCGGCAGCUUCCUUCUCGGACUUGCUCCUCGGUCUGCUGACCUUGGACCCAUCGCGGCGCGUCACUGCCCGAGAGGCCCUCGUCCACCCUUUCCUCAACUAG